GUGAUGUCACCAUCUCGCACAGUGUUCUCUUUUUGGGUGCAUAACAAGGUUUGCUGUGUUCUGUUAUCAGAUAAUGGUCUCACUGGAUCCACGGUUUGGCCCGAAUUCGGAGAGUCCAUGAAAUCUGCAGGAUUCACGACAUCUUACAUGACAAUGGCUGGACCCGUGGAUCUCAGUGAUGAGUAUACGGCUAAAGUUCAGGGCGCCAAAUACGUUUCUGCAGGACACCGGAUGUUCAAGUUACCCAAAGGUGCACAUAGAGGACCAGCGAAAGUAACUUACAAAGGGAACAUUGCAGGACAUAAGGACGAAUUUAAAUGGGAUGUUGAUUUAACAUUCAAGACUGGAACACCAAUGGCUGUCGAUGCAGAACUGGCAACCAUCCUGGCCUUCACGAGAUACAAGGACUGCUUUGACUUUGAUGACGUUACAGCGGCCACUACAAAGAGGGCUCAGAACGCAUUCAUCUAUCUCGAGGAGCUGGCUGCUACGGGCAAACCGUUUCCAUAUAUUUACGAAGUUAAAUAAGAUGGCAGUGCUUUCACUAACUGUUCAGUUUUUUUAUUUUAACAGUCCAUAAUAAUAAUCACGGUUAUAAUAUCUACAAAAUAUAUAUGUAUACAGUUUUUGUUUUAAAAAUCUACUUGACAGGG